AUGCUCAUCGAAGAAUCGUACAAAGAUGUGCCGACCAAGGCGGCGGGAGAGGGUUCAAUGCGAAUCUAUAUCUUCCAUCCCACUAUCCCUGGCUACCCAGGUGCCAAGUUUCCCGGUGUCGUUGUGUUCUCGGAAAUCUACCAAGUGACCGGUCCAGUUUGCCGCUUUGCCCGCCAAAUCGCCGGCCAAGGCUACAUUGUCGCUGCACCCUCGUCCUACCACGAAUUCACUGGUCCCGAGCCGCUGGCCUACGACGUGCCCGGCACCGAUGCGGGGAACCAGUGGAAAAUCACCAAGAAACUCGCCGCGUACGACGAGGACGCGGAUCUGGCCGUCUCGUUGUUGUUGGGGUUGAAAACGUGCAAUGGCAAGGUCGGGGCUACGGGGAUGUGUCUCGGAGGCCACCUCGCGUAUCGAUGCGCAUUGGAUCAGAGGGUCAAGGCCGCCGUGUGUUUCUUCGCCACGGAUAUCCACAGUCAUAGCCUAGGGGAGGGUAAGAAUGACGAUUCCCUGAAGAGGGCGGGCGACAUUAAAGGGGAAUUGAUCAUGAUCUUCGGAAAGAGCGACAACCAUGUCCCGCCCGAGGGUCGGGAUUUGAUCAGAAAGACGCUGCACGAGAAGGGCGUCGAGUUUUCGUUCUACGAGGUCUUUGGAGCGCAGCAUGCCUUUAUCAGGGACGAGUUGAGUAAAGGAAGGUACGAUCCAGCGGUCACCAAGGUGUGUUUUGAGAUGUUGCUGGAGCUCUUUGGGCGGAGGUUGAAGAUCGAUCUGGGUGAGCCGAGCGGGGAGAAGCUCGUCAUCGAGGACGUAUGUUGA